AUGACAAUGGAGACAGUGCGGACGCAUGUGUUGGAACAGCAUGGAAUUGUGAUACUUUGUGUUGCGGAUGUACGCGGGAAUCUCUCUUUAUUUAACGAGCUGGCAGACCAAUACCAUCCUGACGUUAUUAUCCAUACGGGGAACUUUGGGUUUUUAGAUUCGGAGAGCAUCGAACGUAUCCAUGAGUCUUAUCUUCGACAUAUAGUUGAGUUUUCGCCGUUGUUGUCGCCGGACCUUAUUUUGAAGAUCUCGGAACUAUCCAAGGUAUCUGGAGAUGCCGUUCAACAUCUAUCCAAUGACAAUAUGAAUUUGAAGACCUUGUUGCAAGGCCAAGACAUCAGUGAGCUGUCCAAGUUUCUCAGUGGAGAAUUGAAGCUCAAUGUACCCGUGUAUGCGAUCUAUGGUAUGUGCGAGGACUCCUAUGUGAUCAACAAGUUUCGGUACGGAGAAUACAGUAUUCCUAAUCUUUACAUCAUUGAUGACUCGAAAUUACAUGUGGUUCAGAUCAAAGACCAGCCUAUAUUACUCUCGGGGAUAGGUGGGUCGUUAUCUUACCAUAAGCUGUUCCACCAGGGAACAACACAUGGUGCCCAUAGGAGCAAUGAGAUUAUCCCCAUUUCGGGCGACCCGGGAAACAUUUGGAUCACCAUGCUCCAAUUGGGGAAGUUGAUGGACUCAUUGGUACGAUAUUCGCAAGAGUAUCCUCAUAUGUACAACAAGGCCAUUAAAUUUUUCGUUACGCAUCAGUCACCGACAAGGGAACCGCUACUUGAACAUUUGUCGAUAUUUUUCAAGAUGGACUAUACCAUAUCGAAUUCUCUCCAUUUCAAGUAUAUCUCGUCAUACAAUGCACUAACCGUUAGUUUGUCAUUCGAGUCGUAUAAGUUGAAGUUUGCCGAGGCACGGACCAAGCUUGCCAAAAUAUGGGGGAAGGUGCAGAAGAAGUAUGAACGGUUGUUGUUACAACUACCGCAACUGGUGUCAUAUAUCGAUCUUGCCCUAUGCAUAUACGACAAGAUCCCCACCAAGCCACUGGAUGACCUUCCGCUUCUUGCUCUGUCGCCGACGGUGAAGGAGUCUCUCGAGGUUGAGACGCCGCUGCAGAGUUUGAACUCGGUCAUCAGGCACCUGAAUGACCUCUACUAUGUUUCCUUCCAACAUGCAUGGCACUACAAUAUCUGCGAUGUUGGAUGCGGGAGUCUAAUACUGGAGCUGGAUAAUGGCACAAUGAAAAUGAACGCCAUUUCGAAGGGAUUCAACUUCUCCUUUCGUAAGGAAUAG